ACCACCUCGCCAUUGUAAAUUAAACUCUUGCUUCUGCCCGCCAUCCCGACCUUCGCAUGCGUGCGUGCGUCCUCUCCGAGCUCUUCCUGCUUCAUCUUGACCUUAGUCCUACUUGCUCCCUCCUCUGAUGAUCUCGCUAGCUUCUCGCGUCGGCUUCACAAGUCUAUGAGUUCUUGUACCGCAUUGACAGUUAGUAUUUCGUGGAGAAGGAGCUUUGUUUUAGCAGUUGGUUAUAAGGCUCUUGCUGUAGUUUGCUUUGGUUCACAGAAGGUUGAGGUAGCUAGAGGAGGCGGAGGAGGAGAAGGAUCACAAAGUGGAAGGUGAUUGCUGCAAGACGCGGAGCUCAGGUCUACUUAAAGUAUGGACGAUUUGGAUUUGCGAAGAGGUUGCCAGCAUGCUGCUAGUUUACGUCCCUUUUUGCGUUGUUAACCAAAGCAGGUGGUCUGGUACAGGCCGUCUGUGAGCUUAGAAACCUUAGGCCGGGACACGUAGGGCGAGAGAGUUGCAAUGCAGUUGUUCCGUUAUGAGAGGUAAGUCUCGUCCUAAGUGCAGUAGCUCCCUGUGUUGAGUGAUGUAUUUGGUUUGAGAGACGCUGGCACGGCCUGGUAAUGUGGUGGCGAAUAGAGGGAGUUGUUUGUGCAUUCAGAAGUAUGCCGGAUGGUCAUGUCUUAAUAUACUUCGUCAGCUAAGUGAAAGCGAUAUAAAAAGUAAACAUAUAUAGUAGGCUGCUUCCAAGAGUUUCGGGGAACGAGCUCCAAAAAUGUUGGUAAUGUCAGAUAGGUUGCACGCACUGCUCAGAAGAAUGCAUGCUUGAGUUGUUCAGCUGAAGGAGGAACCUCUGAAUGGCAUCUAGUUGCUCGCGGUGGAUGCCAUGCAAGCGCAUUCACUUAUUUAUGAGCACCCCCCCCCCAUGUGCGCGUGAUGAUCGAUUUUAUUCCAUAUCAGUCGGUAGCAGCCACACCAUUUUGAAGUUGUCUGCUUGUCCAUUCUGACUAAAUAAGGUAUAAGCUCAAGGCUAUGUUGCUCCGACUUUCCCCAAAAAUCAUCAGGAUUUCUUUGUGGAAUAAACAAACGUUGCUUGAAAAUUACGGGCACUGAUCCUUGGAGCUCAUGUAAUCGCGAACACAGGUCGCGUUAUUUUAUCGCUGGCACACAUUACUUGGUUAAUUAGAUGUGUCGGUGCAAUAGGGUUUUAGUCUAGAGGACUGGUUGAGUGACAGAGGUAGAGAAAGAGGAUCAACCUCGCUUACUGAAAAACCGAUGUGAACUCGCACACUCUGAGAGAACUCACACUGUAACUAGUUCACAUUUUCAGGGAACAAUUUUAGAGGCGGCAUUUAUCUCUCAGGAUUUCGGCAUUUUGCGUGAGAUACCCCAGUAGAAUUAAAGGAAUCAAGGAUAGAAUUGUGCUGGUCUCAUUGGGAACAUUCGUGUUCAUUUAAUGUUCUUUGGCUUUCAGAAUGGGGAUUUGCCAUUCGUUGUAACGAUGAGGUGUUCCAAACAACUUUUCCUGAUGGUCCACUGUUCUUUCGCGAGAAGAGUUGAAGCUCUUUGCUAACAGGAAGAGCCGAUGGUAUAGCUUCUCAAUUUAGUUGACAGUUGAUUCUGGUACAUCUGAUUGACGACAUGAGAUUGAUUGUGAAAACCGAAAAAUUUCUAUCAGCCACGAUUACUUCGGAUGAAAUGAGUGAUGCGAAGAUGAGUAAAGGCAGAAGUUUAAGGUGCUGAGGCAAUGCGAAAUCGUUGGUCUCAACGGAAGGAUCGAAUCGUGGAAGUUAAUAUCUCCAUGUGUUGCCAAGGUCAGGAAGAAGCUUGUUCGUAUCAGCGGAACGAAUGGGAAGGAUAGGACAGGAUUAUCAAGAGAUAUUUCGUGAAGACUUGUGAGAGCGAUCAUGCGUUGCAAUGCCUGUCCAAUUGCAGGGUUGCUUUUAUUGCUGCUUGUGGCUACCCAGAUUCUCAGGAUCGGCCAUGCUUUGCCAUGUUCUACAGGGGAUGAACCCCCUGCUCGAGUUCUUGUUACCCAGAAACCAGAGAUACAAACUUCCACCUUCUCAUCAUCCGAUGGGUUGCCUUCUGAUAAAUUAGUGAUGCGUCCAAUCCGAGCAUCCAGGUUUCUAGAUAUGCAACCUGCGAUGGCACCCCAAGUUCUGAGGACCCAACUGGUAGAUUAUUCGCCAGCCGCUUCGCCAGAUAAUAGUCCCCGUCUAAAUCGAACAAGGUCCACACGGCCAACAGUUACAGCUCCAGCUCCUUCUCCAAAAAUAAGAGGGCACCACCAUCACACAUACAAAGCACCAUCUCCUGCACCAGCAUUCGCUCCAGUGCCACCGCAGAUCUAUGCUCCACCUCCAAAGGAUAUACAAGGCUGUAAAGAAUGUGAAGACGGGUAUGCCAAUGCACCAUCAGGUGCUCCAUGUGGAUGUGUGAUACCGAUGACUGCACGCCUAAAACUAAAAAUCGGCUUUGAGAAACUAUUGACGUUGGUGAAUGCACUUGCCAAGGAACUUAGCGACAGCCUUUUACUGCACCAAAGCCAAGUGCAUAUAGUGGGAGCGAAUGCAGUAGAGCAAUUCCAGGACAACACAGAUGUGACUGUGCAGAUUGUUCCCUUGGCAGAUGCUUUUGACAACACCACUGCGUCGUUUCUUGCUUCUCAGAUCUGGGAACACGGAGUGAAAUUAAACGAAUCCCUUUUCGGUCUCUACAAAGUCAUCUCGGUACAUUAUCCAGGACUCCCUCCCUCUCCGCCUUCUCAAGCCCAACCCGAAUUCGCAAUACCUCCAAUACGAAGUGGAGGGACUGCACAGCGACCCAUUGGAGUGAACCUUAGCAAUGUUGACCAUAAAAUAAGUAGUGCAAAAAUUGCUGUAAUUGCUCUAGCAUCGACAAUGGGUGCAGCGAUCUGCCUCUGUGUGAUCUGGUUAGUGAUAUUAAAGUGCAAUAACCGGGCUCUAGCUAUUGAAAAGGCCACAGAGCUCCUCCAUCCUUCUGCCCCGAGACAGUCAACCCGCUCAGGUGGAGUUUCUGUGGUGUCCGGAAGCUUCCAAUCAGCAUCAUUUUCGGGUGAAUCAAUUAUACCAGUAUACAGGGGAACUGCCAGGUGUUUCUCGCUAGCAGAACUCACCAGAGCAACUGCAAACUUCAAACAAGAAAAUAUUGUUGGACAGGGAGGGUUUGGGACGGUCUUUCAGGGGAAAUUAGAUGACGGAACUCAUGUGGCUGUGAAAGUCUUAAAUCGCGGAGAAGACCAAGGAGGUCGAGGAUUUGUUGCUGAAGUUGAAAUGCUGAGUAGAUUACAUCAUCGAAACCUCGUCAAACUCGUUGGUAUAUGUAUAGAGGGGAUGCGAUGUUUAGUGUAUGAACUCAUCCCCAAUGGCAGUGUUCAGUCACAUUUGCAUGGUACAGACAAACAUAAUGCACCACUGAAUUGGGAGACCAGGCUGAAAAUCGCUCUGGGAGCCGCAAGGGGGCUAGCUUAUCUUCAUGAGGAUUCGAAUCCGAGAGUGAUACAUCGAGACUUCAAAGCCAGCAAUAUUUUAUUGGAAAUGGACUAUACCCCUAAAGUGGCCGAUUUUGGUCUGGCUAAGGCAGCCGUGGAAGGGGAAAAUAGUCAGCAUACAUACUCUCGCGUGAUGGGCACAAUUGGAUAUGUGGCGCCUGAAUACGCGAUGACAGGCCACCUCCUAGUGAAGAGCGACGUGUACAGCUAUGGGGUGGUUCUUCUUGAGCUUCUCUCAGGGAGGAUGCCUGUUGACUCAAAUAACCCAGAAGGGCAGCACAAUCUGGUCACAUGGGCUCGUCCACUGCUUAAAACUGAACAAGGAUUGGUGAUGCUAAUGGAUCCAUAUCUUGAGGGCGAUUCUCCAUUCGACAGCUUUGCUAAGGUCGCAGCUGUCGCUUCCACGUGUGUCCAACCUGAAGUGUCGCUACGGCCAUUCAUGGGUGAAGUCGUGCAGGCUCUGAAACUUGUCUACAAUGACUCAGACGCAAGUGACUCCUACCCAGAUGAUCUUUCCCUAGACCUUGUCAAGUAUGGGGCCACUACCGAUCACCGAGCACGGUUUCUCCCAGAUUCAUCCUUCCUCAGCAGUGAUUAUGAUUCAGGACUGUUCAACAGCAGGGAUCCUAUUGGGCAGCCUCUGUCGGCCUCUGCAGCAUUGUCAGAUUCCGAUCGCUCCGCUUGGCAAUUCUCUGCUUCAUUGCGUCGCCAAAGCAAUUCAGGUCCUCUGGAGACUUCCACUGGACAGAAGCCACCAGCGUCGUACAGGUUAAGGAGCAAGAAAGCGGUGACAAAGAGCGAUCAUGGAGGUGCAGGAGCCAACAGUCACUACAGACCUAGAGAGUUUUCAUCUAUUUGGACAUAAAAAUUCAGUGUGUAGACGUGGCUUUAUAUAUAGGUUAUCUCUGAGUUGGAAGGUGGUUUUCCCCUUGAAUAGAAUUGCUCGAUAGAAUGCUCAGGCCGACAGCUUUCGAAAAUUUAAACACGUCAGCUCUCUCAUGAUUUUCUGCAAAAUUAAAUCGGAUACCACUUUGAAGUUGCAUUCAUCAA